GGACAUCGCAUUUUCUCCGGACUUUGAUGACAUGUCUCUACGCCAGGUCGUCUUGUAGGAGUGCGAAAAUCUCGAUGAGUCCAUUCUCACCCCGCGCUUCACCCCUCGGACGUCGCAAUCUUUCCUGACUUUGAUGAUUAAUAUGUUUUACUCUGACAAAAUCUCUCCACGUCAAAUAUCUCACGCGAUUUGGGUAAGUAAGAAGAUGAAGUUGUUCACAGCGAGGAAUCAGAAAUUUUCAAGUUCGUUCCCUCGCACCGUCCGAAACUCCAUCUCUCUAUCCGUUCACAAUGGUUUUGAAGCUCUACGGAUUCACCACCUCAACAUGCACACUUCGUGUUGCAGUGGUGUUGAAGGAAAAGAAUGUACCAUUUGAGUUCAUUUCCGUUGAUCUGACCAAGGGUGCACACAAGGCCCCUGAAUUUACCGCCUACCAGCCUUUCGGCCAGGUCCCUUACAUUGAUGAUAAUGGUUUGAUUCUUUAUGAAUCGAGGGCGAUCUGUCGGUAUAUCGCCGCGAAGUACGCUUCGCAGGGAACUCCCCUCCUUCCCACCGAUCCCACCGCCACUGCGUUAUUUGAGCAAGCUGCAUCAACUGAAACAUCUAAUUAUGAUCCUUUUGUCUCCGGAUUGGCAUGGGAGUUGAAGUUCGCCAUGUGGUUUGGAGGGAAGACCGACGAAGCUCCUGGAAAUGAUAUCACUCUGGCUGAUCUGUUCCACCUGCCCUACGGUUCCGUCCUUUUGGGUAUCGGGCUCGACGAGUUCAGCAGCCGCCCCAAUGUGGCCAGGUGGUGGAAGGAUAUCUCAUCCAGGGCGUCCUGGGAAGCAGUGAAGGGAGGUAUCUGAUCGUCGGAGAAAGUGACCAGUAGAUUUAGAAUCAUUAGAUGUAUAGCAUAUUGUGUCAGGCCCUGUGAUCAUCGAUCUAUAGUCUUU